CCACCCACCCACCCAGCCUCGGGUCAGCAGCCUGUGAGUGGCUAGGUUGGGCUGGGACAGAAUCGGAAAAUCUGGGGACAGUGAGAAAGCCGGAGCAAAACCUGAAGAUUAAUGGCUGGGAAACUGGUGAGGGGACCAGUCUCUAUUGCUAAUGGGAAGUUGCUAAGGGUGUUUUGAAUCCUUAUUUUAUUCUGUUGUUUCAAUUAUGGGUGCCUUGAGUUUAAAUGUUUUAAUGUGUUUUAAAAAAUGCUCAUCUUUUGCAUUUUAAUGUUUGUGUUACUUGUUUUUUUAUUUGGGAAUGAGCUGCUUAUGACACAUGAAUUACUAAAUGUAUAAUAAGCAUUCUCUUUCUCCCUCUGCUACAAUCAUUCUUUCUUGAAACCCCCUUGUUCCGUGUGGCUUCGAUCCCACUAGCUUCCACCCAGCGUAGACCCAUUCAGAGUCAUGGGCCAGAGUUAUUCCUUCUCAUUCAUUUCAAUGGGUCUACUCUGAGCAUGGCUGAUGUCAGAUGCAAGCCAGAGCCCCAGGAUUACAUUCCUGGAAAGGCUUUUGCCUCUGCCUCUUCCUCAUGCUGACACUCUCCCUCUUGUCAGCCUCCUACUGUAGCUUCCUUGGGGCAGAGACCUGCUUGUGUGGCAGAUGCCACGCCUUCUCUCCCCUCAUCCUUCUCCCUCUUCCUCCACAGUUCCCCGAAACAGAUAUUGGGGAUUCCGAGGAUGUGUGCAGGAGGAGCCCCCUGAGCUUAGAAACCCUGGGGGGCUCUGAAGACAUCAAAGAGGUACGUGGCAGAGAGAGGAGGGCCACCUUCUGGACGGGUCGCGAGCAAGGGGGCAGGCUGGCAGGGGGCUGCUGAGGGCAGGCUGUGCUUGCUGCCCCACUCGUCCUGAUGGACCAGCCCCCCAUGGCGCCAGGGCUGGAGGGCUUCCCUGGCAAGCGAAUCAAUGCGGGCAGGAGGGUUUGGCUUCUGGGUUCCUGCCUCUCUCGUUCUGGGCUGCUGUCUUUUUCUUCACUGUCCCCCACCCCCUCGGGGGUCCUGUCUCUGCCAGCAGUCGGCAUCUGAGGGCCAAGAACCUCGUGACAAAGCGGCUAGCAAGGAGGAAGAGCCCAAGGAAGAGCCGGGCAGCCCCCUGGAGGGAGAAGGCGAGGGCAGGAAGGAGACCCCCAGACCACAGGGCACAGAUUUGCUGGAUUUUCGAUGGGUAGGUGGCAGCGGCCCAGGGGGCAACUGGCAGAAGGGGAGGGGGCAUAUCAACCCCACAACUGUUGCAACAAGGUCCUCACACUCCCCACACAGGGAGGAAGGAGAACCCAGAACAUUGGUGUGCAAACCCUUACGUAGACUUUUGAAAUUGCCCACCCUGUAGCCCAAGACCCCCCCCCCAAGGACAUACAUCACAGAAGGAGGCGUCUACAGCAGACAUCCUGUCUGUCAGGAUACCUGUUAAUGGUCCCUGAUUGCAUUGCCUGGGCAGCCUGGCCAUUCUUUUGUAAUGGCAAAUACUCAGUUCCUGAAUCCAGAUCACAGGCUCACCCUAUUCAUGCACAAAUAUGCCCUUGAGACAGGAUUUGGGAGCAAAAAGACAACGGGGAGGCUUUCCCAUUUCCUUCCUCACUGCAGAGGAAUAUUUGAGGUCCCUGAGAGAGUCAAAAUGGUUUCAGGAUUGCUCCCCUCUACUAUUUCAGACACGUGGUUUAUAUACUUACGUUUGUGUUUGCAUUUAUGAACAGGUAUUUUAUAUUUGAGACCUCAGAAUUCUUAUAACACUGUUCUUCAAACUUCUUCAUAUUGCUUUUUUUGUUUGGAAUUUGUCCCACAGCUGCAAGAAAAGGAAGAAAAGGGGUUACUGCAAGAGCAGCUGUGGCCCCCACCUGACAACAACAAAGAAGACCCCCUGGAGCCCAGAGUCAAAGAGGUCAGAAGCACGUAGUAACUGAGUCCUAGGAACUGCCUGCCACCAGAACUGGUGAGAUGGCAGGAUUGGGUGGCCCUAAGUUGGAUUGGGUGGCCCUUGAAGACAAAUCCCAAGAAAAGAGUGCGCAAAUUUCUAUGGAACGGGACUGGGCUGAAGAUGUGGCCCUCCAGAUGUUGCUGGACUGAACUGCAACUCCCAUAGUCACUGCAUGCUUGCUGGGAGUUAUAGUUUUGCAACAUCUGGAUGGCCAAAGGGAUAGAUUUAGGAAUAAGGGCUGAAAUUUGAAUAGAAGCACAACCCACCACUCCACAGUAGGGGGGCUGAGAACCAGGAUAGUACAGGGUUGUUACUUACAAGGUCAAACAAGGGAGCAUGAUUUCACUUCUUGCUUGGCAAUGAUGGCUUACACCCAUCCACCCAUUAAUGCAGAGACACAGGUGCGCAUGCCCCAAUCUCCAAGGGAUCCAGGCAAGAUACGCUUUUCAACCUCGUGAUAUAUCACCAGCUAAACAUUGCGAUGUCCCCCUAUAUCUCGAUGUCUGAAAUAAAGUUGAAGCUGUGUAGAGCCCUUGGCUGGUUUUCCCCAUGUUGGGAUUUUUGCACAGCACACGAACACGCAGCUCAUGAUUUGCAAUAUAUUGCCAGGUCAAAAAUCAUGAAACCUCAGGAAAAGCGGGGCAUUCCCUUCUGGGAGCAAAUCAGGAACCGAGACGGCUUCUGUAAAUCCGGGAGUGUCCUGGGAAAAUAGGGAGUCUUGGAGGGUCUCAAUUCUCCCAAACCAACCCUGCAAUCCUACAGAUCUAACACUCCAGCACGACUCAGUUUCACUUCAUUAGACUGCAGCCUUGUUUUCUUUCUUCUCUGAAAAAUUCAAGGUCCUUCCUGAUGACAAUGCUAAGCCAGACCAACUUGCAAGGGCCACAGCGGAUCACGAGGCUUACUACCUGGCCGAUGACGAGGAAACGCUCCUGGGCGACUCCUGCGCCUCCACAGGCUACUUCCCCUGCUACCGGACCUACGAGGAGUUCCCCCGCUACCAGCCCCCCGGGGACAGAGAGAGUGGGGCCCCCCGAGCGGGCAGAAAGAAGAUCCCCCCCACCAAGGGGCAGGGAGCCCCCCACAGCCCCCCAUCGCCCCUGCCAGCGGCCAGUGGGAGCAGGAAGUGCCCUCAAAAGAGGAAAAACCGAGGGGCCCCGGAGAAGGAGCAGGCCCCAGAAGGGGGGCUGAAGGCGCGGCUGCAAGACCAGCGCUCCCUGCCCCCCAACCCAGAGCAGGUGGGCGCGACGUGAGUUCAAAUUCUGGGCGCGGCCCAGCAAGCAUACCCUCCCAAUUUAAUCCAAUGGAAAUAGGGACGUAUUAUUCAAUAAUAAUAAUUUUAUUAUUAUACCCUGUACAUCUAACUGGGUUGCCCCAGCCACUCUAGACAGCUUCCAGCAUAUAUAAAGAGCAUUGAAAAACGUCCCUCUGCAGGGCUGCCUUCAGAUGUCCUCAAAAAGUUGUAAAGUUACUUAUCUCCUUUGCUCGGGGCUCACAUAACUCCUUAAUUUCCCCGAUGAAAACAGGACGUCCUAAGGAAAAGCGGGACAUUCCAGGAUCACAUAGAAAACCGGGGCGGCUUCUGUAAAUCUGGGUCUCUCCCUGGGAAAAAGGGGCGCUGGAAGAGUCUGCAGCAGGGCUUGUGGCUUUGCAGGGGACGAGGUCCAAGGUUGCCCCCAGGUGUGCAGGUGCCUUGUGGGAGCAGCUGUUAGUUCGCCACACCUAAGCUGUGUGGAUCCUCAGAGAUCUCCUCUCCCUGCAGCUCCUUCCAGAGCCCUGGGGUCAGGCGCAGGCGAGCAAGGCUCUGUUGUCAGUGAAACUGACUCUUCACUCAGGGAAAUGAACGGACAACUCGGCCUAGUGGUCUCAGCAAGCCUUAACAGCAGGUCUUGCCCCUAUGGAGCCAUUGCCAGGACUGAAGGUCCCUGCCUUCCAACUCUCUAAGGCUUCUCCUCUCCCAGACGUUUCCCUAGCAAUCUCAAACUGUCUGCGCACAGUCAAUCCCUUUCCAUUUCUCUGUGCAUCCUCAGAGACCCAGGGCAGGGGAGCUUGGGGCAGCCGGAAAGAGAGACUCUUCUGCAUUGCUCCCUGUCUCAGGCUCUCCCUGCUCCCUAAACCCUGCUGCCCCGUCAGCGUCCGGCUCCUCCUCUCAUUCCUCUGACCUCUCCUCCUCGGUGUCCCACCACCAGUCCCCUGGCUCUGGGCCUGCCUCCUUGGGGUCUCCCUCAGGGAGGGGCUCCCCAGCUGGAGCCACCCACCAGCCCUCUUGGCUCUCUCAAAAUCAGAAAGGUGCCCACUGCUCUGCGCUGGCUGGCGAGGUCGCAGCUGGCACAGGGAGGGGAAGCCCCUGCAACCCUCCACAAUUCUUUGUGGAGAACAGCCUCUGCAGUUCUUCAGCAUCCAGCCCUGCCUGUGGGCAGCCUAGCCAUAGGCCCUCCUGACCUCAAGCCAGGCAUGGGAAUAAUUGAUUAUGUUGAGGCCGCCCAUCUGAGUGGGUGGUUCCCAACACAUAUGAAAACAUAAAAAAUGUAAAACAUUAAACUGCCUUCAGAUAUCUUCUGAAAGUCAGGUAGAUGUUUAUUUCCUUGACAUCUGAUGGACUGGAUGCCACUUCCGAGAAGGCUCUGAGCCUGGUUCCCUGUAACCUCACUUCUCGCAGGGAGGGAACCAGCAGAAGACCCUCAGAGCCGGACCUCAGUGGCUGGGCUGAACGAUGGGGAGGUGCUGCUUCAGGUAUACAGUGCCGAGGCCGUUCAGGGCUUUAAAGGUCAGUACCAGGCCCUUGAAUUGUGCUUGGAAAUGUACUGGGAGCCAGCGUAGGUCUUUCAGGACCGGUGUUAUGUGGUCCCAGUCCCUAGUCUAGUUGCCGCAUUCAAGGUUAGUUGUUUCCAAGUCACCUUCCAUUGCAGUAGUCCAAGCGGGAAAUAACCAGGGCAUGGACUGCUCUGGCGAGACAGGGAGCAGGCAGGGAGGGUCUCAGAUGGAGCUAGUAGCCCUGGACACAGAAUUGACCUGCGCCUCCAUGGACAGCUGAGAGUCCAAAAGGACCCCCAGGCUGUGCACCUGCUCCUUUGGGGGCACAGUUACCCUACCCAGGACCAUCUGAAUAAUAACCAGUUUCCCAGAAUCCCUUGGGCUGGAGGUAACUUGUUUGCUUUUCUCGCAGCUCAGGCUAGAGACGGAAGGAGGAAGAACAAGUCCCCAGCAGUGCCCUUCUGCUGGGAGUCGCCCCUCAGUCAAGGAGAGUCACCACACCCCCUCAGAGCCCCGCACGACCCCCUCACGCCUCAGCCUCCAAUUCCUGGUCUCCUGGGUCCGGAAGAUCUUCAGGAAAGCGCCGUCGCCGCAGCCUCCACCACAACCCAGUACCAGCAGUGGGGCGCAAGUGGGGAGGCCGCUGGCCAGGCGGCUGGGGCGGUGGAUUGCCCAGUACCGCGGUCGCAUCCACCCCCAGUCGAUGUGACUCAGACGUUGGAGGUCCGGUUGGGGUGUGUUGCAGGGUAUUUUGCAGAAGCCAACCAUUUCCAUUAAAAUUCCCGCUAUCUUCUUGGCUCACAACACAGAACUAAA